CGACGGAGGGGUUGGACCAGAUCCGGACUCCUUGACGCGCGUCGGUUUGUGGACUUUUUAAAUAACGCACUUUAAUAAUUAUUUCCGCGUGACUUCUGUGGUCCCGAAUAGCUACUUUGUGUCCCUAAAGCCGUUCAGAGAGAGGGUGUUAUUUACCAGCCUGCUGAGAGUACGCAGGACGUUAAAAAAAAUCUCUGCACUGGCUGGUUUUUCCAAGGCAUCCGGAAGCGCUCAUGUUUCCCUUCUCUCUGCGCAAAUUGGCACUUUGCUGGACGUCGCCGGGCGCCGCUGUUCUGGGGAGCUCGGAGCUGGGUCCUCCUUGACCCGCCUCUGUGGAGGCUUCCCCACCCCCUCCCCCAUCCAGGAGUAACGGUAACAGACCACACGCUCUGUGCUUUGUAAGUUUCAGAGUAGCCAGAAAGAGCCCUGGAGUCGGCAAGGCUCAAAGCUGGCUUCAGACACUUCCUCGCUGGGUGGCCCCGGGCCAGAUGCGAUACUUUGUAAUGAAUGACCACCGCAGGAUCUGCUGGAGCAGGGCACGGCGAAACGUUGUUUGCCAAGAAAACCUCAUGGCGGUGUGGGAGAGUCGGACGUGCCCGAGCCACAGAGCUCCAUAAGGGAGCCAGGACAGGCCUUUUCGCCUCUAUUUUACAGACGAGGAAAGGAAGAGACUAAAUAUACUAGCACGGUGCUGCUUUCUUCGGUCUUGGUAGUCCUAGGAGUAGCAUUGGACUCUUGUGAAGAGAGAGGUUUUCGGUUGAGAAGUCCAGAAAGAACUGACCACAUAAAGACUAACAUGGCAUCCCAGGAAGACAGCUUCCCUCGAGGGGGUUCGAAAAAGAAAGCUCAUCCAGAAAAAACUCCCCAGCAGCCAAUUGAACAUGAUAAUUUAUUUGAUGUUCCUACUGAGGAAGGAUCCCGAAAAAGGAAAAGGAACCAAGAACAAGGGGCUAAAAAUAAAAAGUCAAAGGCAGAAAAAAAGGAGUCCAGCAGACCUGAAGCAGAGGCAUGUGGAAUCCUCAGCAUUGAGGCUCUAACUGAGGGAAUGCGGCUCCUGGGAUGUGUGAAAGAGAUAAAUAAUCUGGAGCUUGUGAUCAGUCUGCCUAAUGGCCUCUGGGGAUAUGUGCAAGCAACCAAUAUCUCUGAUGCCUAUACCAAGAAACUGAGUGAACAGUUGGAUCAGGAGGAGCCCCUGGAGGACCUGGCUCCCUUGUCUGAGUUAUUCCCGCCAGGAUUGCUGGUGCGCUGUGUUGUCAGCAGCAUCACAUCUGCGUCAAAGAAGAAAAGUGUGAAGCUGUCCCUGAACCCCAAGGAUGUCAACAGGGUGCUUAGCCCUGCGUCCCUGAAACCAGGCAUGCUGCUCACAGGCACAGUACACAGUGUGGAAGACCAUGGUUACCUGGUGGACAUUGGCGUGAUGGGGACCAAAGCCUUCCUGCCUUGGCAGAAAGAGCAGGAGUAUGUCAAACAGAAGAACAAAGGUACUAAGCUGCGUGUGGGCCAGUAUCUGAACUGCCUCAUUGAAGAAGUAAAAGGCAAUGGGGGGAGUGUCCUUCUGUCCACUAUACAGUCUGUGGUUUCUGCGGCCAUUGCUACAGAGGAACAAAACUGGACGUUGGAUAACCUAUUACCAGGACUGGUGGUUAAAGCUCAAGUGCAGAAGGUGACUCCUCAUGGUCUCACCCUGAGUUUCUUCUCUUCCUUCACUGGACUGGUUGAUUUUAUGCACUUGGAUUCUAAAAAGGCAGGACAUUACUUCCAAACCCAAAUGGUGAGGGCCUGUAUCCUCUCAGUUCAUCCACGUACCAAGUGUGUCCGACUAACAUUGCGCUCUUCCUUCCUGCAAGCUGGCCGCCCAAUCACUCGCCUCUGCCACAAUCUCAUUGGAGCCGUGUUGAAUGAUGUGCCUGUCCAGGGCUUCUUUGCAAAGGCUGGUGCCACCUUCAGACUGAAGGAUGGAUCUCUGGCCUAUGCUAGGAUCAUGCACCUCUCCCAGACUGAGAAGUCCUUUAAGCCAGAGAAGUUCAAGCCUGGCAAUAUGCACAAGUGUCGGGUUAUUGACUACAGCCCAAUGGAUGACCUGGCGUUGUUGUCUCUGAAAACGAGCAUCAUCGAAGCUCCAUUCCUGAGAUAUCAUGACCUCCACCCAGGGCAGGUAGUCAAGGCCAAGGUGUUUGCGCUGAGAUCCUAUGGGAUGAUUGUGAAGGUGACGGAGCAAAUCAAAGGCCUUGUGCCGACCUUGCACUUGGCUGAUGUCCAGAUCCGGAAUCCUCAGAAGAAGUAUCGUCUCCAAGAUGAGGUCAAGUGCCGGGUUCUGACAUGUGACCCUGAGAACAAGAAACUACUAAUGACUCUGAAAAAGACCCUGGUAGAAUCCAACCUCCCAGCUCUCACGAGCUACAAGCAAGCCAAGCCCGAGCUGCAGACGCACGGCUUCAUCAGCAGCAUCAAGGACUCGGGCUGUGUCGUCAAGUUCUAUAACGAUGUGAGGGGACUGGUACCGCAGAGGGAGCUUGGGGCCCAGCCGAUCUCCACCCCAGGGGAGGUGUUCUACGUGGGACAGGUAGUGAAGGUCACAGUGCUGAACAGUGAACCGGAGCAGGAGAGGAUGCUCUUGUCCUUCAGGCUGUUAAGUGACAAAGAGACAGAAGGCCCAGCCCAGAGUCAGAAGAAAGCUACGAUCAAGGUUGGACAGUUAGUAGAUGUGAAGGUGAAGAAGAAGACUGAGAAGGGAUUGGAGGUAUCCAUCCUACCCAACAAUAUCCGUGCCUUGCUUCCCACAACACAUCUAUCAGACAGUGUCAACAACAGUCAGCUGCUCUACUCCUGGCUCCGGGCAGGUGACGUCCUCCACAGGGUCUUGUGUUUGAGCCAUAGUGAUGGUCACAUUAUCUUGUGCAGGAAACCAGCCCUGAUCUCUGCUGUGGAGAGUGGCCAGGAUCCCAAGGUCUUUUCUGAAUUCCAGCCUGGGAUGCUGCUGACUGGUUUUGUGAAAACUAUCAAGGCCUACGGCGUCUUCGUCCAGUUUCCAUCGGGCCUUAGUGGACUGGCUCCCAAGUCUGCCCUGAGCGACAAGUUUGUGACCACAGUCAGCGACCACUUUGUGGAAGGGCAGACAGUGGUUGCAAAGGUGACCAACGUGUAUGAGGAGAAAGAGCGGAUGCUGCUCUCGCUGCGCCUGUCCGAUGUUUGCCAGGAAGACACAGCUGUCAGCUCCCUGGCCCUCCUGAGCCAGUGGUUGGAGGAGCUGCAAGGGGUCCGAAGCCUCAUGAGCAGCCGAGACUCUAUGCUGACUCAAACACUGGCUGAAAUUACCCCGGGGCUGCUCAUGGAUCUUGUGGUGCAAGACAUGUCAAGUGAUGGCUCUCUGAUGUUCAGCAGUGGCUCGGUGCCUGGCCUGGUGUUGAAGGCCAGCAGAUAUCACCAGGGAGGGAAAGUGAUGGAUCCUGGGCAAAGAACAAAAGCUGUUGUCCUUCAUGUUGAUACGCUGAAGUCUGAGGUUCAUGUUUCCCUUCGCCAGGAACUAGUGAACAGAAAAUCCAAGCAGCUGAAGAAAAACACUGAGCACCGAGCAGUUAUAGAACACUUGGAAAAGACAUUUGCCAUAGGCUCCUUGAUGGAGACUGGACAGCUUGUAGCUUUUCCAGUGACCUCUCACCUCAAUGACACCUUCCGUUUUGACUCAGAGAAGCUGCAGGUUGGUCAGAGGGUCUCCUUGAUCAUCAAGAGCGCAAAACCCAGUGACAUAGGCCUCUUCUUAGCUGUGGAGAGUUCGGUCAAAAAGAGGACGCCGGCUCUGCCCUUGGCAGAUCCAGAGCCUGCAGGGGAAGAGCCAGGAGUGAUGAGCUCGCUUCUAGAGAAACCCACCCUGCCCAUUGGGGAAAUGGUCACUGGAACUGUGAAGUCUGUCAAGGCUACCCAUGUGGUGGUGACCCUCGAGAACGGUCUGGUUGGCUGUAUCCACGCCUCCCAGAUAUUGGAUGAUGUGCCUCUUGGCACCCAGCCCACUGCCAAGCUUAAAGUUGGGAAGCCAGUCACUGCUCGAGUGAUUGGCCAGAGAACUUUAUUAACUCACAAGACUCUCCCAAUCAGCCAUCCAUCAAGUGCACAGACUGUCUCUGAGCUGAGUAUUCGAUCAAGUGAGCUGGAGAAGGACAUCAGCAUUGACCCCAGCACUCAUUGCUCUAGCCCCACAGAGAAGCUCAAACAAUACCUUCCUGGCCAGACGGUGAUCUGUUUUAUGAGAAAGUUCAAUGUGAUCAAAAAAUGGCUUGAGGUGGAGAUAACUCCUGAUAUCCGGGGAAGAAUCCCUCAGCUAUUGACUUCUCUCAGUUUCAAGGUUCUGAAGCAUCCAGAGAAGAAAUUCAAGAUUGGCCAAGCCCUGAGUGCUACUGUAGUUGGCCCGGAGUCCUCCAAGGGAUUCCUUACUUUGUCUCUCAUAGGUCCUCACAGGUUGGAAGAAGGAGAAGUAGCCAUGGGCCGUGUAGUGAAAGUGAUCCCCAAGGAGGGGCUGCAAGUCCUCUUCCCCUUUGGGACAAUUGGGAAAGUUAGCAUCUUUCACCUGAGUGACUCUUACCUUGAAGCGCCCCUGGAAGGCUUCCACCCCGAGAAAAUCGUCCGGUGUUGUGUGCUCUCCACCAAAGACCCCGUGCUGACUCUGUCACUGAGACAGUCCAGGACAAACCCCAGGAUGAAAAACAAAAUAGAAGACCCUGAAGUGAAUUCAAUCAAGAACAUUAAAGAAGGGCAGCAUUUACGGGGCUACGUGGAGGCUGUCAAGAAGCUAGGGGUACACUUUCGCAUUGGCCCCACACUUGUGGGUCGGGUCAAGUACCGGCAUGUUACCAAGUACUUCUUGUCUGACAAAACUUUGUACCGAACUUACCUCCCAGAAGGAAAGCUGCUUUCCGCCAAGGUCUUGAGGCUGAACCGGAAGCAGAAACUGGUGUACCUGUCCUUCCUCCCCAAAGACACGGGCAAGCCCGAUGUAUUUCCUGACUCUUUGGGCCUGCCACUGAGGGACCAGGGCAAGAACCGGGUCAAGGAGGUGCCCAGCAGCCAGCCCAAGAAGAAGCGGAAACUGGAAGGCAAGGAGGAGGAAGACAAGGGAGACUCUAGCACAAAACAGGAGGAGGAGAAGCAGCAGGAGUCGGAGGCCAAGGCCAGACGGGCAGAGAAGGCAGCAAACACAGGGAAGCGGAAGAUGCCUGAGAUGGAAAGAGAACAGGAGAAAGUGACCAAGAAGAAAAGGCCAAACCUUCUGCCUGAAGAAGAUGAUAGUGGAGUGGAAGUUAACUAUAAUGAGGAGAAGAGGCUGAAACAGCCCAAGCAGAAGCAGACCAAGCCCACAGAAAUUCCCAGGCUGCAGCUGUCUUCGGGCUUCGUGUGGGAUGUGAGUCUGGACAUGCUUGCCCCCGCCGCGCCGCCUCGGGAGGAGAGUUCGGACAGUGAAGAGGAGUCAUCAAGCCAAGCCACGCUGAAGAAGAAAAGCAAGAAGGACAAGGAGCUGGAGAAGCAGCAGGCAGAGAAGGAGCUGACACGCAUCGAGACAGCCUUGAUGGACCCCAAUUGGCAGCCCGAGACCGCUGAUGACUUUGACCGUCUGGUCCUGAGCUCCCCCAACAGCUCCAUCCUGUGGCUGCGGUACAUGGCCUUCCACCUGCAUGCCACAGAGAUCGAGAAAGCCCGGGCGGUGGCUGAGAGGGCCCUCAAGUCCAUCUCCUUCAGAGAAGAGCAGGAGAAGCUAAAUGUGUGGGUGGCCCUGAUGAACCUAGAGAAUAUGUACGGCUCCAAAGAGACGCUGAGCAAGGUCUUUGAGCGGGCUGUGCAGUACUGUGAGCCCUUGAAGGUCUUCUUCCAGCUGGCUGACAUCUACAGCAAGUCAGAGAAGUACCAGGCUGCUGAAGAAGUCUACAAUCAGAUGCUGAAACGUUUCCGACAAGAGAAGACUGUGUGGGUCAAGUAUGGCUCCUUCCUCCUUCAGAGGGGAAAGGCUGAGGCCUGUCACGACCUGCUGCCGCGGGCCUUCAGUUGUCUGCCACAGAAAGAACAUGUGGAUGUCAUCUCUAAGUUUGCCCAGCUUGAGUUCUAUCAGGGAGAUGGCGAACGAGGCAAGGCCAUGUUUGAGAGCACCUUGAAUAGCUACCCCAAGCGCACAGACGUCUGGUCCAUCUACAUCGACAUGCUCAUCAAGUUUGGGAGCCAGAAGGAAGUAAGGGACGCCUUUGAGCGAGUGGUACACUUGAGUCUGUCCCCCAAGCGGAUGAAAUUCUUCUUCAAACGCUACCUGGACUAUGAGAAGCAGCAUGGCACAGCUGAGACGGUGCAGGCUGUCAAGGAGAAGGCCUUGAACUACGUAGAGUCCAGGAACACUCUUGCUGACAGCUAAUGCCUGGACUGGGCCACACAAAGCAUCUUCCAGGCCAUUGUUCCUGGGGAGUGGACACAAGAUGUAUUUAAAACCCAUAGUGGGAGAGAGGGAGUGUGAGAGGAUUUACUUCAGUGUCGUUUGUGUAAAGACCAGCAGUAACCUGCCCUUGUCAGAACUUGUAUUUAUGUGUGUCCGUGAGUGUAUUGUUUCUCUGGACCUUUAUUUUUUGUUAUAAGGCAUGGUUGGGGGGAGGGUGGGUAUGGUAUAUAUUGUAAAAUAAAGACGAUAUAAAAGCAAAAGAUCAAAAAAAAUUUUUUUAAGAGAUGUUCAUUUUAUUUAAAAAA